AUGCGAUGUCGACUGAUUUUUUGUCUCAUUUUCAUCAUAUUUUUGAAGAAUUUUGGAGUUUUUGGCGUGAAAAAUGGUGUCAAAACCCCAAGAAGAAUUAGGAAAACUAUUGUUAGAGAGUGUGAGUUUUUUGGGGGAACAUUUUCAAAAAUUUCAAAAUUCAAAAAAACUUUUGCCACGUGUAAUUUUGGCGGCAAAUUUAAAUUUUUCGAAAAAAAAUUCUGAAAUUUUUUGUUAUUAUUUGGCCACGUGGCACAUUUUUUCAAAAAUUUCAAAAUUCAAAGAAACUUUCGCCACGUGGAAUUUUGGUGCCAAAUUCAAAUUUUUGAAAAAAUUAUGAAAUUCUUUGGCCACGUGGCACAUUUUUCAAAAAACUCAAAAUUCAAAAAAACUUUUGCCACGUGUAAAUUUGGCGGCAAAUUUAAAUUUUUCGAAAAAAAUCCUGAAACUUAUUUUUAUUCUUUUGCCACGUGGCACAUUUUUCAAAAAUUUAAAAAUUCAAAAAAACAUUUGCCACGUGCAAUUUUGGUGGCAAAUUCAAAUUUUUGAAAAAAUUAUGAAAUUCUUUGGCCACGUGGCACAUUUUUCAAAAAUUUCAAAAUUCAAAAAAACUUUUGCCACGUGUAAUUUUGGUGGCAAAUUCAAAUUUUUGAAAAAAUUAUGAAAUUCUUUUGCCACGUGGCACAUUUUUCAAAAAAUUUCAAAAUUCAAAAAAACUUUUGCAACGUGUAAUUUUGGCGGCAAAUUUAAAUUUUUCGAAAAACAUUAUGAAAUUCUUUUGCCACGUGCACAUUUUUCAAAAAAUUCAAAAAAACUUUUGCCGCGUGUAAUUUUGGCGGCAAAUUUAAAUUUUUCGAAAAAAAUCCUUAAAUUUAUUUUUAUUCUUUUGCCACGUGGCACAUUUUUCAAAAAUUUCAAAAUUCAAAAAAACUUUUGCCGCGUGUAAUUUUGGCGGCAAAUUUAAAUUUUUCGAAAAACAUUAUGAAAUUCUUUUGCCACGUGGCACAUUUUUCAAAAAUUCAAAGAAACUUUUGCCACGUGUAAAUUUGGCGGCAAAUUUAAAUUUUUCAAAAAAAAAAGUUUCAGGGGACAUAAAUGAGCCUGGUGGUAAGUUAAUUAUUUCCCAAAAUUUUUAGAGUCUACAGUAAUCCUACAGUAUCCCCAUGUCCCCUACCGUACCCCAAAACUUCUCCUCAAAUUUUGUGUCUACCGUAUACCCUACAGUACCCCGAAAAUUCUCCUCCAAAAUUUUUCCAAAAUCCGAAAAAAAACCCGAAAUUCAAUAAAAACGUACUCAAGUAGAUUAAAAAAUCUUCUCUUAAUUAAAAAAAAUUUUUUUUUCUGGCUAAAUUAAAAAAUUUUCAAUUUCAAAUUGAAAAAAAAAAUUUUUUUUUGAAAAAAUAUGCACUUUUUCCUUCUAUUCUAUUUGAUUCUUCAAAUUUUCGCUCAAAUUUGGCAGAAAAAUUGCAAAUCGGAAAAUGAGGAUUGUUGUGGGUUUUAACCUUUGUUUGGAGCAUUUUUUCGGCGCGAAAAAAUUAAUUUUUAAAUUUUUCAGUCUGCUCCGGUACAACAAAUUUGCUCUCAAAAUAUGGAUCCGGAAAUUUUAUUGGUGAUUUGGAAAAGGUGGGAAUUUUUGGCGCCAAAAAUUUCAAAUUCAAAAAUUGUUGCAGAUGUACAAAGGUUGCCGGCGGGUAUACGGUAAUUUAGAGAUCACAUGGAUCGAAGAGGCGCAGCUAAAAGCCUACGCAAAUUCAUCAGAACCCCUCAAAUCUCUUCCAUUUUUCGAUGAGUUAGAGGAAAUCCGGGGAACUCUUUUGAUAUACCGUGUAAAUGUUUUGCGAAUUUCAUUUCCAAAGUUGAAAGUGAUUUAUGGCGAUGAGCUUUUUCAUGGAAAUGCCGUGUGGAUUCAGGGGAAUCCAGAGAUGCAGGAGAUUUCGAUGAGGAAUUUGAGAGGUUUGUGAGGGGCGAGCUAAUAUGAGCAAUAUCAUUUUUUCACCUAAUCUGAGCAAUGUUAAUUAGAUAUAUGAAAAUUAAUUUCUAGCUUUCUAACAUGAGCAAUGCCUGAUCAAAUUUUUCCAAACUAAAAAAAUUCUACGUGAAUUUGUCUAUCAUGAGCAAUACCCAAGUUUCUAGACAAUUUUUGAUAAACUUUCAAGCCAAAAAAUAAAUUAACAUGAGCAAUUCUCAAUUUCUUGAAAUAAUUUUUAGAAUUUUCAAGUUUCUAACAUGAGCAAUACCCAAGUUUCUAGAUAAAUUUUAAUACAUUUUCAAGCCAGAAAUCAAUUAACAUGAGCAAUGCUUUAUUUUUUAGAGAAUUUUUGAAAUUUUCAUAUUUCUAACAUGAGCAAUGCGUCAAAAAAUCUAAUUUUUCAUCAAAUUUCGGGUCAUUUCACCCCAAAAAACUCACAUUUUCUACAGUAAUCCGCGGUGGAAACGUGACAAUCCGCGAUUCGCCAAAACUCUGCUACAUUGGCACAAAAAUCGAUUGGCCCGAAUUGUUGGAGGAUGGCCAAAAUCAGUUUGUCGAUCAAAAAGGCUCACACGAACACUGUUUUGGUGGCGCGAAAAAUGGGACGGAUUCUGAAAAUCAAGGAGAAUCGUUGGCGAAAUGUCAUUCGAGUUGUGAACAUUGUUGGGGACGACAGGAGGCGGAUUGUCAGGAAGGUUAGUGAUGGAAAUUUGGGAUUUUUGAUGAAUUUUGAGCCUAGGAAGUUGAAAAUUGGGUUUCUAGGCCAUUUUUGAGGUCAAAAAUCAAGAUUUUUGUUGGAUUUUGAGCCUAGGAACUUGAAAUUCGGAUUUCUAGGCCAGGAUUAGGGUUUCUAGACAAAGAUUUGGAUUUCUAGGCCAAGAUUUGGAUAUCUAGGUCAUAUUUCAGGUUUCCAAGCCUUUUUUAAGCCAAAAAUCAAGCUUUUUGAUGAAUUUUGAGCCUAGAAACUUUUAAAUUGGGUUUCUAGGCCAUUUUGAAACCAAUAAUCAAUAUUUUUGAUAAAAUUUAAGCCUAGAAUUUCGACAUUUGGAUUUUUAGGCAAAGAUUUGGGUUUCUAGGCCAUUUUGAAGCGAAAAAUCAAGAUUUGUGAUGAAUUUUGAGCCUAGAACUUGAAAUUCGGAUUUCUAGGCCAGGAUUUGGUUUCCUAGGUCAAGAUUUGGUUUUCCAGGCUUUUCUGAACCAAAAUUUUAAAUUUUUCAUCAUUUUCAGGCUAAAAACACGAUUUCAAGUGAAUUUUUAGCAUAGAAAUUUAAAAACUCGGUUUCUAGACCAUAUUUUUCCGAAAAAGGAAAAAGUGCACUUUUUCCUUUCAUUUUGCACAAUAAACCGAAAAAUUUGCGUAAUGACGCGGAAAAAAUAAAAUAAAAUAAAAACGAGUAAAACAAAACACAGCUAAAAAGAGUGUGUACUUUUCGAAGACAAAACGAUUUUCGGUCAGCAAAAAUUUGAUUUUCACCAGGGAAAACUCGGGGACUAGAUUUCCAAGCUUGCAAAACCUAGUCCCCCAGUUUUUCCAUGUGAAAAUUGAAUUUUUCUGGGUUUCUAAACGAAAAAAACCAUGAAAAAUUCAAAUUUCCCGCCUGAAAAACAUCAUGGACUAGAUUUCUAAGCUUGCUAAACCUAGUCCCCCAUGAAAAAUUUAAAAAAUCAUAAAAUUCUGCUCGAAACACUUCAAAAUGUGUUCCAAGAAACAAAAAAACGGCCCUAAUCCACUCAUAAAUUUAUUAUUUUAUUACUUUUUUGUGUUCCGCCUCUUCAAAAAGUUUUUCUUGGGGGAGAAAAAGAGAUUUAAAAGGGGGAGCUUUAGAAAAUUGGUUGAAAAUGGCCUAGAAAUCCAAAUAUCAAGUUUUUAGGCUCAAAAUGCGUCAAAAAUCAUGUUGUUUAGCUCGAAAUCUAUUGAAAAUGUUGAUUUUUUGCUGAAAAUGACCUAGAACUCUGGAAAUUCAUGAAAAAUAGCCCAGAAGUAUAUAAACUGCAUGAAAAACCUGUUUUUCAUUUUUUCUCGGCUUAAAAUUUAUCAAAAAUCAUGUUUUUAGCUCGAAAUCUAUGAAAAAUGCUGAAUUUUUGCUGAAAAUGACCUGGAACUCUGCAAAUUCAUGAAAAAUAGCCCAGAAGUCUAUAACCUGACUGAAAAACCUAUUUUUCAUGUUUCUUGGCUCAAAAACUUAUGUUUUCAGCUCAAAAUCUAUAAAAAAUGCUGAAUUUUUGCUGAAAAUUACCUAGAACUCUGAAAAUCCAUGAAAAUUAGCCGAGAAGUCUAUAAACUGGCUAAAAAACCUAUUUUUCACCUUUCUGGGCUCAAAAUUCAUGAAAAAUCUAUGAAAAAUGCUGAAUUUUUGCUGAAAAUUAUCUAGAACUCUGGAAAUUCAUGAAAAAUAGCCUAGAAGUCUUUAAACUGGCUGAAAAACUUAUUUUUCAAGUUUUUAGGCUCAAAAUUCGUCAAAAUUCAUGUUUUUUAGCUCAAAAUCUAUGGAAGAUGCUGAAUUUUUGCUGAAAAUGACCUUUAGCUCUGCAAAUUCAUGAAAAAUAGCCUAUAGGUAUUAUAGACUGGCUAAAAAACCUGUUUUUCAUGUUUCCAGCCUCAAAAUUCAUCAAAACUCCCGAAAUUCAGCUUAAAAAUCAUCAAGAUUAGCGUCAGUGGCUGAAAAAAGCUAUUUUUCAUGCUUCUGGGCUUAAAAUUCAUCAAAAACCUCAAAUUUUCGCUUAAAAUCCCCCGAAAAUUUCUUAUUUCCAGUCUACCGCUCCGUCUGUCCCAAACCCUGCAACCAAUGCUUCUUCUACAACGCCACCGCAAGCUACGAGUGCUGCGAUUCGUCUUGCCUCGGCGGAUGUUAUGGUCAUGGCCCGGCGAAUUGCGUCGCUUGCUCGCGAUUCGAAAUGGACGGGAAAUGUGUGGAUGUUUGCCCGCCACGCAAGAUUUUCGAUCAUAAGAAGGGGAAAUUGGUGCCGAAUGCGGAGGGACGGUUUCAGAAUGGCAAUCAUUGUGUUAAAGAGUGCCCAGGUGAGGGGAUAUCUCGAAAACCCGGUGAAAAGUGGAGUUUUUGGAGUUUUAGUAGUGAAAUUUUGGUGAAUUUUCAUGGGGACUAGGUUUUGCAGCCUGAAAACCUAGUCCCCACCUUUGUCCCGCCUCAAAACUCACCGAUUUUCGCUCAAGAAUCGCCAAUUCCCAGCCGAUUUCCUUCAAAACUUCGAUUUUCGCUGAAAAAUUUGAAUUUAGGCUAACUUUAGGCUGAUCCCUGAAUAAAACUCACUUUUUAUUUUGCUCUCAAAACUGCGAAAUAAUCGAAAACCCCACGAUUUAUCGAUUUUUUCUGUUUUUUCGCAAAAAAACGUGUCACGCGGAAAUUAUUCGAGAAAAAUAAUUUUCCGCCGCGAAAAAAGGGGGACUAGGUUUUGCAUCAUCAUUCAAAAAACUAGUCCCUCGCCUUUUUCCCAAGGGAAAUCGCAUUUCCCAGCUGGUGUAAGCGCGUAAAAUUCGAAUUUUUACAUGAAUAGCCGGGGGACUAGGUUUUAAACGGUGUGAAUUCUAGUCCCUGCGUUAUUUUUCAUCGAUUUUUCCCCAAGUUUCCUGUUUUCAGACGAAUUAUUGAUCGAAAACGAUGUUUGUGUUCGUCACUGUUCCGAGGGUCAUACCUACGACGCUUCGAAAAACAUCCGGGAAUGUGAGAAAUGUUCAGGAGUUUGCCCGAAAAGUGAGUUUUUGCAUGAAAAUUCACGAUUUUCAGCCAAAAAUUCAAAUUUUUCCAGUUUGUGCCGUGGAUGCGCCUUUAAAUCGCACAACUUUGUUGGCUUUGAAAGGAUGCGAGCAAAUUGACGGAUUUAUUUGGAUCGAUAAAGUUCACGGGCAGUAAGUAUUGAUUUUUUGGGUCCUUAAGUGAAUUUUUCGCUCAAAAAAUACCCCGGGGACUAGAAUUCUCAUUACGGGAAACCUAGUCCCUCGGUUUUCAUGUGAAAAUUCAAAAUGUUUGCUUUGAAAUCAGAAAACCAAGGAUUUUCGUGGUUAAAUUGAAAUUUCCCACUAAAAUGAAGUCGGGGGACGAAUUUUUUCACUGUGGAAAACCUAGUCCCCCGUUUUUAUGUGAAAAUUCGGGUUUUUGAGUUCUGAAGGGAAACUACGUGGAUUUUAUAAAGAACAUUUGAAUUUCCCACUAAAAUUGAAUUGGGUGACUAGAAUUUACACUAUGUGAAACCUAGUCCCCCAGAUUUCCAAGCAAAAUUUUGAAUUUUCGCCUUGAAACCAGAAAACCAAGGAUUUUCUGGAGGAAAUUUGAAUUUCCCACUAAACUUGAAUUGGGGGACUAGAAUUUUCCCUGUGUAAACCCUAGUCCCUCAGAUUUCCAAGCAAAAUUUCGAAUUUUCACCAAAAAUCAAUAAUUUUUUGCAGUUUCGAGCCCUCCGACUUCUUCGCGCUGGAAAAUGUGAGAUCAGUCAGUGAAUUUGUGAUUUUGGUCGCGCAGCCCGUGCUGAAUUUGAAGUUUUUGAGAAAUCUGGAGAUUAUCGAGGGAAGAAAGUUGCAUAAGUGAGUAAUGAUGGCCUAGAAUCCCAAUCGCGGCCUAGAAACCCAAUUUUGAAGUUUCUAGGCUCAAAAUGCACCAAAAUUCAUAAUUUUUGGGUUCAAAAUGGCCUAGAAAACCAAAUCUCGAGUUUCCAGGCUCAAAAUGCUCCAAAAUUCACGAUUUUCACAUUUUCAGCCUGCGAUUUGCUCUAGGAAUCAUGAAAUGCGACAAUAUCGCCUCACUCAACUUAAAUUCCCUAAAAUUGAUUAAAAAUGGAGCGGUGAUCAUCAAAGAGAAUCAAAGAUUGUGUUUUACACAAAGUGUUGACUGGAAAGGAAUUGUUGAGCAAAAAAACGAGGAUGGAAGUGAGAAGAAAAGGAGCUACGGUGGAAAUUGGACAAAAUCGUGAUUCGAAGAUUUGUGGUGAGCUAGAAUUCGAGAUUUUCGUGAAAUUUGGAGCAUUGCUCAUGUUAAAAUGUCAAAAAAUUCAAAUUUUUCAUGAAAAAUGCAAUUUAAAUGCAUAUUGCUCAUUUUAAUAUUCAUAAAUUUUCGAAAAAAAAAUGGAGAACAAUUUUUCGGAUUUUUUAAUAUGAGCACUGCGUAUUUGAAGCUGAAAAUAAAGAUUUCACAAAAUUUGGUUUAAUAUGAGCGAUGCUGAAAAUUUUAAAAAUUAAAAAAAACGUGGAAAAUAUUCAUUUUCAAUUUUCUUUUAAAAAAUUAUGGUAUGUUCAAAUUUUGAGCUAAAAUAGCAUUUUUAACAUGAGCAAUCUACAUUUCUCAUUGAAAUCUGAAGAAAAUUGAAUUUUUAACAUAAGCAAUGCUUAAAAUUGUCAAAAAAUGCCCAAUUUUACACUCAAAAUGCUCCAAAUCUCACCAAAAAUCCCAAUUUUCCAGAAUCCUACGAUCAAAUCUGCAAUUCGAACUGUAAUCACUUGGGAUGUUGGGGUCCCGAUGCUUCAGAUUGCCUGGGAUGUCGAACAUGGAAUAAUAUGGGAAAAUGUGUGGCGAAAUGCGAUUCGCAGGGAUUUUUGCGCAAUCAGACAUCGAUGCAAUGUCAGAAAUGUUCGCCAGAGUGUCGGACUUGUAAUGGGCUGGGUAGGGGUGUUUUGGGAAGGUUUUUGAGCCGAAAUUUGGGUUUUUCAUCAAAUUUUGAUCCGGAAUUGUGAAAAUUCGGAAAAAAAUUGAUAAAAAUCAUGUUUUCUGUGAAUUUUUGAGUUCGGGGACUAGUUUUGCUUGGUUGGAAAUCUAGUCCCUCUCUUUUUUGCAUUUGAAGAGUUCAAAUUUUUUGAAAGCGGGGACUAGGUUUUCAAAUGUGGAAAACUAGUCCCCGGGUGGAAAUAUGGUUUUUUUUUGACGAAAUUUACUCAAAAAUAUGAAAUUUUCGGGUUUUUGUGAAUAAAAAAUCCACGUGGCAAAAUUUUGAAUUUGAAAGCGGGGACUAGGUUUUCACUUUUGGAAAACUAGUCCCCGACUGAGAAUAGUGGCUUUUCGAAUGAAUUUUCUGAAAAAUGUGAAAUUUUUGGUUUUUUGUGAAUACAAAAUUCACGUGGCAAAACUUUGAAUUUGAAAGCGGGGACUAGGUUUUAAAAUCUGAAAAGUUAGUCCUCGGAUGGAAAUAUUGAUUUUUUUUCACGAAAUUUACUCAAAAAUCUGAAAUUUUCGAGUUUCUGUGAAUAAAAAAUCCACGUGGCGAAAUUUUGCAUUUGAAAGCGGGGACUAGGUUUUCAAAUGUGGAAAACUAGUCCCCCAGUGCUUUCUUGAGGAAAUUAGUCUUGUUUCCAGGUCCCUACGAUUGUCUCACCUGUCAACACUACAGUAUCCUCAACCCGGAAUACGGUAACCGACUCGAAUGCGUCCAAGAAUGUCCCAUCACGCACUAUCCCUCAAAAACGGGCCCAAGCCCCGGCCUGGGCUCGGGCCUAACCUGCGAGCCUUGCCACGCCGCCUGCUACAACUACGGUUGCACGGGAAACGCGUCGCAUUUGAGCGCGGGCGGGUGUAAUCAGUGCAAAUUUGCGGUGCUCAACAACAAAAACGCGGGAAUUUUUUGCCUGAAAGCCAGGGAUAUGAGCUCGGUUUGUGUGGAAAAUGAGCUCGAGGAUUAUUAUGUGUCGACCACAAGGCUGGAAGGUGUUAAUGAGACGGUUGGUCACAGUUUUGCCACGUGACAGGGUUUUUUGGGUGUGAAAAUAGGGAUUUUAAGGCAGAAAUCUUGAAAAUUCAUAAAUUUUGAGCCUAGAUUCAUGAAAUUUGAACAAUUUUCACUGAAAAACUAGCAUUGCUCAUAUUAAUUAAAUUUUUGUGAAAUUAUUAAUAUGAGCAAUGCUCGAAUUUCUGAAAUUUUUGAAAUUUUAUUUUUCAAUGAAAAAAAAUUAAAAAAUUGUCUAGUUUAACUAGAAAAACUAGCAUUGCUCAUGUUAAAGACAAUUUUUGGAUUUCCAGAAAUUUUUAAUAUGAGCAAUGCUCGAAUUUCUGAAAUUUUGGAAAAUUUAUUCAAAUUUUGCCACGUGGCAUUUUUUCCAAUAAAAAUAGCUCAAAUUGUCUAUUUUAACUAGAAAACUAGCAUUGCUCAUAAUAAUGAAAAUUACAUUUUUUGUAGAAUUCUUAAUAUGAGCAAUGCUUGAAUUUCUGAAAUUUUUGAAAUUUUUCAUCAAAUUUUGCCGCGUGGCUGAUUUUUGAGCUCAAAACUAUAGUCUAGUUUGAAUAGAAAAAAUAGGAUUGCUCAUGUUAACGAGGAAAAAAAAUUAAUUUCAAAAUUUUUAAUAUGAGCAAUGCUGGAUUUUUCAAUUUAUUUGGUUUUCUGGAAUUUUUAAGUUUUCUAGUUUAACUAGAGAAGCUAUCAUUUCUCAGGUUAAAGAAAAUUUUUGAUUUCCAGAAAUUUUUAAUAUGAGCAAUAAUCGAAUUCAUGAAAUUUUUGAAACUUUAUUUUAUUUUCGAAAAGUUUUUUUUUAAAAUUUAUCUCAUGAAAAAUACUCAAAAUUCACCAAAUCUCAUGGUUUUUGGCUCAAAAUCCAUCAAAAAAUUCCCAAAUUUCUCCAGCACUGCGAAAAAUGCAACGAAAAAUGUCUGAAUUGCACAUCAGCCGGUGUCAGUGUUCACACAAACGGCUGUGUUUGUCGAAAUUUCGCAAUGUUGGUUCCAAGCGGCGAUUCGGUUUGUGUGGAUCGAUGUUUGACGAAUUACUAUAAGUCGAGAGAGAAAUCCGACAAUGAAUAUGGAAUUUGUGAAUCGUGAGUUUUUUUUGGGGCGCGAAAAUUCGAGAUUUUUUGGAUAAUUUUAGGCCAAGAAACCUGAAAAUCCAACAUUUUCAGCUGAAAAUGAAGAUUUCGAUACAAAAACCUCGAAAAUCCGAGUUUUUUGAACUCUGUUCAGAUUGCUCAUGUUAAAAAUUUUCUGGAAAAGUUUAACAUGAGCAAUCAUAUGAUUUUUCGAGUGAAUAAGGUUCUUUUGAGCAGGAAAAGUUUAACAUGAGCAAUCAUCUCAUUUUUUUCAGUGAAAAAGGUCAUUUUGAGCCUAAUUUUGCGCUAGAAAAGUUUAAUAUGAGCAAUUCUCUGAUUUUUUAAGGGAUUCGCGUCAUUUAGAGCUAAAUUUUGCGCUGGAAAAGUUUAAUAUGAGCAAUUCUAUAAAAGGUUUCAUUCUAUUUUUAAUAUGAGCAAUUUUCUGAUUUUUCAGUAAAAAGGGUAAUUUUGAGCCUAAUUUUGCGCUGGAAAAGUUUAACAUGAGCAAUCAUCUCAUUUUUUUCAGUGAAAAAGGUCAUUUUGAGCCUAAUUUUGCGCUAGAAAAGUUUAAUAUGAGCAAUUCUCUGAUUUUCCUGCGAAUUAUUUGUCCUGAUUAAUAUGAGCAACGCUAGAUUUUCGUUUAACCUGAGCAAUAAAAAUUGCUCAUGCUAAGGAUUUUUUUUUUGAACAUGAGCAAUCCUAUAUUUUCUAUCGAAAUAUAAAAUUCAAAAAAAUCCCCAUCCCGCUAAAAUUUUUUGUUUAAUCUAAUAUGAGCAAUAUUUUUGAGCUCUAACAUGAGCAAUGUAUAUUUUUAAAAAAGCAACGCGAGAUUUUCGUUUAACCUGAGCAAUCAACAAUUUUCCCCAAUUUCUUCCAGCUGCCACCCGGAAUGCGACAAAAACUACGGUUGCCUCGACGCCACUCCCUUCACCUGCGACUACUGUAAAACCAACUACAUCUACCAUCAAAAUUCCUCGCGCGAAUGUCUCUCAAAAUGCCCGGAUUCUCAACCAUACAUCGAUCCAGCCACCAAACAAUGCCUAGAUUAUGACAUCGCAUCGGCGCAGAAACGGACCCGAUAUUUGAUUGUGGCAGCGGUGCUCUCAGCUUUUUUGUUCAUGUUCUGUGUUGUAAUGGCGAUCUGGUAUAAGUGCAGGAAAAUUGGGGAGAAAUUGAAGAUUGCGGAACUCGUUGAAAUGCCCGAGCAAAUUCCAAUUGACCCGACGAUUCGAGCAAAUAUGUCGAGAGUUUGUCUAAUUCCAAGUUCUGAGCUUCAAAUCAAACAUGAAAAGCGGCUUGGGAAGGGGGCUUUUGGAACUGUGUACGCUGGAAUUUAUUAUCUGAAAAAAUCGUCGAAACGGACCAUCAAACUUCCAGUGGCCAUCAAAGUUUUUCAAAUGAAUCAAAGUCAGACGGAUGAAAUGUUGGAGGAGGCCACCAAUAUGUUCCGAUUGAAACAUGAGAAUUUGCUGAAAAUUAUUGGAUUUUGUAUGCAUGAUGAUGGCCUGAAAAUUGUGACACUUUAUAGGCCGUUGGGCAAUUUGCAGGAGUUUUUGAAGCAGCAUCAGGAGAAUUUGGGCGCGAGGGAAUUGAUGUUGUAUUGUUGUCAGAUUGCGGCAGGAAUGAGGUGGGUGAUGGGGAGUUGGGAAUUUUUGAGCCUGGAAACCCGGAAAUUUGGAUUUUUGAGCAUUUUUUAGUCUCCAGGGUUGAUUUUUAGCCCUGGAAGAGCUUUGGGACCUGAAAAUUUGAAUUUUUGAGCAUUUUUUGAUCUGUCGACCUAAAAAUUCAGAAUUUUAAGGAUUUUCAAGCCUAGGAUACCUUUUUUUCACUAUUUUCAGCCCUGGAAGAGAUUUGAAACCCGGAAAUUUGGAUUUUUGAAGAUUUUUAAGCUUCGGAACCCGAAAAUUCGGAUUUUUGAGCAUUUUUUUAGAUUUUGGGGUUCAUUUUCAGCCCUGGAAGAGCUUUGGAACUCGGAAAUUUGAAUUUUUGAGCAUAUUUUGAUCUGUCGACCUAAAAAUUCAGAAUUUUAAGGAUUUUCAAGCCUAGGAUACCUUUUUUUUCACUAUUCUCAGCCCUGGAAGAGAUUUGAAACCCGGAAAUUUGGAUUUUUGAAGAUUUUUAAGCUUCGGAACCCGAAAAUUCGGAUUUUUGAGCAUUUUCAAACUUCAGAACCCAGAAAUUUGGGUUUUCGAAGAUUUUUUGACCUUGGGAACUUUGUGGGUUCAUUUUUAGCUUUUGAAGAGCUUAGUGACCUGAAAAAUAAGAUUUUUGAGGAUUUUCUAGCCUGGUGACCCGGAAAUUUAGAUUUUUGAGGUUUUUUCAGUCUGAAGACCUUUUAGGGUUGAUUUUUUGCUCUAAACGAGCUUUCGGGCCUGAAAAUUCGUAUUUUUAAGAACUUUUUAGUCUGAGAGCUUGUUAGGGUUCAUUUUUAGCCCUGGAUGAGCUUUGGAACCUGGAAAAUAUGAUUUUUGCGCAUUUUUAAGCCUAGGAACCCGGAAAUUUGGCCUUUGGAACGUUUUUCAGCUUAGGAACUCGGAAAUUUGAGUUUUCGAAGAUUUUUUGGCCUUGGGAACUUUGUGGGUUCAUUUUCAGCCUUGGAAGAGCUUUGAGACCUGGAAAAUAGGAUUUUUGUGGAUUUUUUGACCUGGCUACCUGAAAAUCUCGAAUUUUAAGCAUUUUUUAGUUUGAGGACCUUUUUGAGUCAAUUUUUCAGCCCUGGAAGAGCUUUAGAUCCUGAAAAAUAUGAUUUUUGAGGAUUUUCAAGCCUAGGAACCCUGAAAUCUGGAUUUUUAAGGAUUUUUCAACUUGGGGAGCUUUUUGGGUUCAUUUUUAGCCCAGGAAGAGCUUUUGGACCUGAAAAAUAGGAUUUUUGAGCAUUUUCAGGUCUCGAAACCCAGAAAUUCGGAUUUUUGAACAUUUUUCAGCCUAGGGAACCCUUUUUCAUCGUUUUCAGCCCUGGAAGAGCUUUGGGACCUGGACAAUAGUAUUUUUGAGCAUUUUUUAGUCUGGGGACCCGGAAAUUUGGAUUUUUGAACAUUUUUUAGCCUGGGGAACCUUUUUUCAUCAUUUUCGGCCCCGGAAGAGCUUUCAGACCUGAAAAAUAUGAUUUUUGAGCAUUUUUAGGCCUCGGACACCAGAAAUUUGGAUUUUUGAGCAUUUUUUAGUCUUUGGGGUUCAUUUUUAGCCCUGGAAAAGGUUUGGGACCUGAAAAUCUAGAUUUUUUGAGCAUUUUUAGGCCUCGAAACCCUGAAAUUUGGAUUUUUGAGAACUUUUUAGUCUGAUAGCCUUUUAGGGUUAAUUUUUAGCUCUGGAAGAGCUUUCGGAUCUGGAAAAAUAGGAUUUUCGAGGAUUUUCCAGACUAGGGAACCUUUUUUCAUUAUUUUCAGCCCCGGAAGAGCUUUGAGACCCGGAAAUCUGGAUUUUUGAGGAUUUUCUGACCUGUCGACCUAAAAAUUCUGAAUUUUGGGGAUUUUCUAGGCUUAGCACCUUUUUCCUGAGAUUUUUUACCUUUUCACCUUCAAAUUUGAAUUUUUAAGCAUUUUUAGCUGAAAAAAAUCUGAAAAUGUUCUGAAAACCUGAAAAUCUGAAUUUUCAGAUCAAAAUUUUUCAAUUAAAAAAAUUCCAGAUACCUCUUCAAACAACGUGUAGUUCACCGCGAUUUGGCGGCUCGAAAUGUGCUCGUCAAAAAAUUCAACCACGUGGAAAUCACCGAUUUCGGGCUCUCCAAAAUUCUGAAACACGACGCCGACUCAAUCACCAUCAAAACUGGAAAAGUUGCCAUCAAAUGGCUGGCGAUUGAGAUUUUUAGGUAAGUAUUGCUCAUAUUAAACAAGCAUUGCUCAUGUUAACAAAAAUUGUUUUUUUGCAGUAAUCAUUCUUAUACACAUGCAAGUGAUGUUUGGGCAUUUGGUGUGACUUGUUGGGAGAUUUUGACUUUCGGAUCGAGUCCAUAUCAAGGAAUGUCUACCGAUUCGAUUCAUGGAUUUUUGAAGGACGGAAAUCGGCUAACUCAACCCGCAAAUUGUAGUCCGGAUUUGUAUCAGGAGCUUUUGAGAUGUGAGUUGGAAUUUUGAGCAUUUUGAGACCAAACAUGAAUAUUUUUAGUUGGGAAUUGUGUUUUCUCUGGAAAUUUAGAGCAUUUUGACACCAAACAUGAGCAAUUUUACUUGAAAAUUAAAUUUUUGAAUAAUUUUGGGUCCUGCCACGAUUUUCUGGGCCUUGAGGCGAUUUUUUUUUAAAUAAACAAGGUUUUUUGGAUAUUUUAUGAAAUUUGGAGCAUUUAGAGUUCAAACAUGAGCAAUUUCGGUAGAAAAUAGGAUUUUUGGCCUUGAAAACCAAAUCCUGGCCUAGAAAUCGAAAUACUGGCCUAGAAAACCAAUUUUCACGUUUCUAGGUAAAAAUUAUCAAAAAUCCCCAAUUUCCACAUUAAAUAUGGUCUAGAAAUCCAAAUCCUGGCCUAGAAAACCAAUUUUCAAAUUUCUAGGCUCAGAAUUUAUCAAAAAUCUUGAUUUUUGGCUUCAGAAUGGUCUAGAAACCUAAUCCUGGCCUAGGAAUCCAAACUUUGAGUUUCUAGGCUCAAAAUUCAUCAGAAAUCUUGAUUUUUGACUUCAAAAUGGCCUAGAAGACCAAAUUUCAAGUUUCUAGGCUAAAAAAAUUUCCGAAUUUUUCCAGGUUGGAUGUCAAAUCCCGAAUCCCGCCCAAACUUCAAUCAACUUCACGAACGUUUCGAAGAAUUCUGUAAAUGUCCGCAACUCUUCAUCGAAUUAUCGAAUCCCGAAAAAUCCGGACAAAAUCCCGACUUUUUCGAAGACCAAUUUCAGGCCGACAUUUUGCGCGAGAUUUUUGAGGAGACUAUUGAUCCGAGAGAGUAUUUUGCGAGUCAUGAAAUGCCUGGAAGCCCUACUUCUUCAACGGCUACGGUAGGGCUUUUUGAGCCAAAAUUUGAGAAUUUUGGAGCAUUUUGAUGCAAAAUUUGAGAUUUUUUGGAGAAUUUUGAGCCAAAAUUCAGAAAAAAUUGCUUAUAUUAUUAUAAAAAUUUAUUUUUAAAGGUCAAAAACUCCAAAUUUGGAGCAUUUUGAGCUAAAAUUCAGAAAAUUUGAGAAAAAAUCAGCAUUGCUCAGAUUAACCCAAAAAAUUUUGAAAUUGAUUUUUCAUUAAAAAGGCAUUGCUCAUGUUAGUCCAAAAUAUCGAAAUUUUCAAUUUUUUGACGUCAAAAACUCCAAAUUUGGAGCAUUUUGAGUAAAAACAAGCAUUGCUCAGAUUAACCCAAAAAAUUUUGAAAUUGAUUUUUCAUAAAAAAAUGCAUUGCUCAUGUUAGUCCGAAAUUUUCAAUUUUUCAUGGCCAAAAAAACCCAAAUUUGGAGCAUUUUAAGCUAAAUUUCAUGAAUUUCGAUUAAAAACAAGCAUUGCUCAUAUUAGACGAAAAAUUAAUUGUUUUUUCUCAAUUAAAAAACGGCAUUGCUCAUGUUAGUCCGAAAUAUUUGAAGAAAAAUGGCCACGUGGAAUUUCCAGACUCAAAAUUCAUCAAAAAUCUCGAAUUCUGGCUUGAAAUUCUCAGAAAAACAUGAAUUUUCUUAUAAAAAAUCAAUUUUCAUUACAGUUCACCCUUCCAAAUGGCGAAAAUCCUGGAAUUUCUCGAAUGCAAUCCGUCGCCUCUUCUCGCUAUCAAACUCAGCCAUUUUCUCAAAAUUCAAUCGAUUUUUCAAGUUCCCUCGAUUCGCCUGGAAUUCAUCAGGACACAAAUUCCUAUUUGAUUCCAAAAACCAAAGAGGCUCAACUACAAAGUUCGGUUUUGUAUACACCGGUUGUGGUGAAUGAGGAUGGAAAAACUGGUGAGUUUUGGAGCAUUUUGAGCCAAAAUUUGGGAAUUUUGAUGAAUUUUGAGCCUAGAAACUUGUUAAUUGGAGUUCUAGGCCAUUUUGAAGCCAAAAAUCAAGAUUUUUGAAGAAUUUUGAGCUUAGAAACUUGAAAUUUGGUUUUCUAGGCCAGGAUUUGGAUUUCUAGGCCAUUUGGAAGCCAAAAAUCAGGAGUUUUAAUGAAUUUCCAGCUUAGAAACUUGAAAAUUGGUAUUCUAGGCCAGAAUUUGGGUUUCUAGGUCAUUUGGAAGCCAAAAAGCAACAUUUUUGAUGAAUUUUGAGCUAAAAAUCAUUAAAAAUCAUGCAUUACUCAUGUUAAAAUUCCAAAUUUUCAACCUGAAAUUAAUUUUUUUCAAAUUUAAAUUUUUAAAUUCAGAACACGCCCCAGAAUACUACAAUCAACCUUCCACUUCAGGAUAUUAUAAUGAAAGUUCGCUUCUCAACAAUAAAAAACCGUCGAAAAUCGAAGAGGAACCCGAAAAUUUGGAAAAAGAAUCGUGUCUUUAA